GGUGUAUCUCUGUUGAACCGCAGGCAGGUGCGGGAAGGUGAAUUGCUGGGUGUGGCGAGUGAUCAGAGUCCGACCAGGAAGUGACGGGAGAGCACAAAGCACAGGGUGUCCCCACAGGCCCAGAUUGUAGAAGAGGAUUGCAGGUCGGGUUACCAUUUUGCUCUGCAAGAACAGAAGAUGGGUCAGAUGCCUACAAGAUACCGUGAUGGCGAACGAGAAGAGUUCCAUCGGCUGCUGUCUCAGUACAACGUCAAUGAACUACAGCUAAUCUACGAGUAUUUUAAGAAUGACCUGAUCUACAUUGUGGCGUCCGCCACCGAAUUCAAACAGCUGCUGGAGUACAUGGCAACUCGGAAUAUCCUCAAUAUGGAGUUAUAUCUCAAAAUAAGGAGCGACCUGGGACCCUUCAUGUUCUCUGAGAAGCUGGUACAAGAUAUUCUGGAUGCUGGAAAAGAGGCCAUCAUGGGAUUCUUGGAAGCCAUCUACGAUCUUCAGUUUUUUAAUGCCCCGACUCAUUUGUAUGCACUGCGAGACGAAUUGGAUAAAUUCGGGGACAGUGUGAUGCAACAGAUAUUACUGGAUCGGAAUGGACACCCUCUGACUCCAGAGCUGAAAGAAAUACAGGAACAUCACAAGCAACAUCUGCUAGAAAUCGCUAUACCGAAGCCCUCGGAAUCUACAGAACAGAAAUGUUAUGUUUCUGAUCGUUACAUGGAUCUGAUUGUAUCCCAUGUCCGCCCCUUUCAUAGAUCAGCGAAUCACAAGCUUUUAGAGACCGCAGAAAAACAUAAAGAUUACGUACGACCUGCUGCAGGAAGUGUUUCUCCUAACCGACUGUUCAGCUGGUGCCAAAAUCUAAGAUGUGCCCCACAUGCGGUGAUGGUGACUGGUGUGCCAGGAAUAGGGAAGACAACUCUACUGGAGAAGCUGGUUUGUGAUUGGGCAAAUGGAAAAUUCUAUCAGCAGUUUUCUUUCAUCUUCUUCUUAAGGUUCCGGGAUCUCAACAAGCUAGAAAAGAUCAGCUUGGAGUCAAUGAUCCUUCAGGAAUAUCCAUAUUUAGAGAAUCAACUUGGGAACAUUUUAGAGAAUCCAGAAAGGCUACUCUUUAUCUUUGAUGGCCUGGAUGAAAGUGUUCAUGAAAUAGAUUUUAUAUUUGGACAGCUGCCUCGUGAUAUAAAACAAGUAGAGAAUGUUGGAGCAGUUGUUGUUGGUUUGGCAAAACAGUUUCUACUCAAGGGUUGCUCGUUGCUUAUGACCAGUCAACCAGACAGAUUAGCGGGAAAGGAUAUUAACAUUUUCAAGAGAGCACUGGAGGUCAUUGGAUUCUUACCAAAAGAAAGUCAACUUUACAUUGAAAGAUUCUUCAUGAACAAGGAAAUAUCAGAGAAGGUUUUGGGUUUUCUGAGAGAGAACGGUGUGCUGUACACUUUCUGUUACAACCCAUCGUACUGCUGGAUCAUCUGCACAGUCCUAUCAAAGUUCUUCAAAGGCCAAUCAACCAAUGAUGACCAAAUGAUGCCAUCACUGCCGAAAACUCUGACGCAGCUCUUUGCGGCCUUCAUUGCUGAUGUUCUGUCCAAGCAUAGUCUGGAUAAAAUUAAGGCUCGGAGUUUGUUGACCUCUAUCGGGUGGAUGGCAGAACAUGAAGUUAUGAACCACAUUACCAAAUUCGAAAAACAGACCUUAUCACAGUUUAAUGUGGACCCGACCUCAAACCUUUUUCCAGAAUUAAUGAAAGAAUACACACGUUCCCCCGAGGCAUCCUUCUCCUUCCUUCACCCCAUCACCCAGGAAUUUUUGGCUGCCUUGGUCCAUUAUAUUGAUUAUUCUCCUGAGAAUUUAGAAAGCUCACUUAAAAGAACCAAGUUCUUCAAAGAUAACUAUGGUGAACUAUUUCUCUCGUUUCUCUGUGGCCUCUCCGAUAUCUCCACCAGGACCAUUUUAGAGCCUUAUCUGGGUGACUUUUCUUCUGAUGCUGCCGAAGAUGUCCUCACCUGGCUUAAAAAAGAGGUUACAGAAUUUAAAACCUUAAAAAAAAGAAGGCUCUUGAGUAUAUGUUUUAAAUUCUUUGAGCUACAGAAUAAGGAAUUUGUUUUGGAAUGUCUUGGAUCGCUCAGACAUUUUAACAUUGGUCAAGUCAACCUGACCCCUCUGGACUGCUCUGUGGUGUCUUUUACAAUUCAGUCCUUUGAAGAGAUUGAAGUUCUUGGCUUAGGAGAAUGUAAGCUUCGGAGGGAAGAUGUUGAGAGAUUUGCACCUGCUCUACAUAAAAUACGUGACAUAGGAUUCAAUGACAGUAGAUUCGGAGAUGACGGAGUCAAGUUUAUAUGUUCAGCAUUAAAACAUCCCGACUGCAAGAUACACACUCUGCAUUUGGGAGCCACGGGACUAACAGACCGGGCGUGCUCGUAUUUAGGACCGGCAAUCAGUGCCAACAAGUCUCUUCGAAUACUUCGGUUGUCUUGUAACAGGCUGGAUGGGCCUCACUUUGGUGACCUGAUGACGGCUUUGUCCAGUCCUGCCUGCCAAUUGGAGGAACUGGAUUUGAGCAGCACCUGUCUGGCGGACACUUCCUGCUCCCUUUUGGCAUCAGGAAUAAGAAGUAACCAAUCUCUGAAGAUACUCAUCCUAUCAUUUAAUCAUUUGACCUGUCCUUACUUUGGUGACUUGAUGGAGGCUUUGUCCAGUCCAACCUGCGCUGUGGAGCAGUUGAUGCUACAGGGUAUUUUACUAGACGAUGAACACCUCCCAUUGAUGUUACCUCUGAGUAACAAUAAGAACCUAACAUAUCUAGAUCUGAGCACCAACAGCCUUACGGGUGCCUCAACCCCUCACCUCCGAGAUCUCAUCCUACAAUCACCCAGCCUGAAGAGGGUCAGACUCGGUUUUAGUCCCAGGCUCCUUGAAGACGGGAGGCCAUUGCUAGAGCUGGAAGCUCAGAGACCAAGCCUUUACAUUUCAGUUGGUUGAACUCAAUGGACACGCGAACGACUGGCAUUGAGAGUCGUACAUUCACCAUGAUGAUAAGUUCGCUUUGGCAAUGAAAUGUGAACAGAGGCGGCUCUAGGCUUUGUGAGGCCUUAGGCAAAACUUGACAUGGG